GAGUUUGAAGAUUGUGAUGUUCAGAAGAUAAAGGACAAGGCGGAUGAACCCUGUUUCUCCAGUAAAAGCAGAUAAUGCUCUGAAGAACCCUUUGUCUCCAGUAAAAGCAUAUGAUCCUCUGAAGAACCAUGUUUCUCUAGUAAAAGCAGAUGAUCCUCUGAAGAACCCUUUGUCUCCAAUAAAAGCAGAUGAUUCUCUGAAGAACCAUGUUUCUCCAGUAAAAGCAGAUGAUCCUCUGAAGAACCCUUUGUCUCCAGUAAAAGCAGAUGAUGCUCUGAAGAACCAUGUUUCUCCAGAAAAAGCAGAUGAUCCUCUGAAGAACCAUGUGUUUCCAGUAAAAGCAGAUGGUCCUCUGAAGAACACUGUUUCUCCAGUAAAAGCAGAAGAUCCUCUGAAGAACCCUGUUUCUCCAGUAAAAGCAGAUGAUGCUCUGAAGAACCCUGUUUCUCCAGUAAAAGCAGAUGAUGCUGUGAAGAACCCUGUAAGUCCAGUAAAAGCAGAUGACCCUCUGAAGAACCCUGUUUCUCCUGUAAAAGCAGAUGAUGCUGUGAAGAACCCUGUGUCUCCAGUAAAAGCAGAUGAUCCUCUGAAGAACCCUGUUUCUCCAGUAAAAGCAGAUGAUGCUCUGAAGAACCAUGUUUCUCCAGUAAAAGCAGAUGAUCCUCUGAAGAACCAUGUGUUUCCAGUAAAAGCAGAUGAUCCUCUAAAGAACACUGUUUCUCCAGUAAAAGCAGAUGAUCCUCUGAAGAACCAUGUUUCUCCAGUAAAAGCAGAUGAUCCUCUGAAGAACCCUGUUUCUCCAGUAAAAGCAGAUGAUCCUCUGAAGAACCAUGUUUCUCCAGUAAAAGCAGAUGAUGCUUUGAAGAACCCUGUUUCUCCAGUAAAAGCAGAUGAUCCUCUGAAGAACCCUGUUUCUCCAGUAAAAGCAGAUGAUGCUGUGAAGAACCCUGUUUCUCCAGUAAAAGCAGAUGAUGCUGUGAAGAACCUUGUUUCUCCAGUAAAAGCAGAUGAUGCUGUGAAGAACCCUGUUUCUCCAGUAAAAGCAGAUGAUGCUGUGAAGAACCCUUUUUCUCCAGUAAAAGCAGAUGAUGCUGUGAAGAACCCUGUAAGUCCAGUAAAAGCAGAUGACCCUCUGAAGAACCCUGUUUCUCCUGUAAAACCAGAUGAUGCUGUGAAGAACCCUGUGUCUCCAGUAAAAGCAGAUGAUCCUCUGAAGAACCCUGUUUCUCCAGUAAAAGCAGAUGAUCCUCUGAAGAACUCUGUUUCUCCAGUAAAAGCAGAUGUUCCUCUGAAUAACUCUGUGUCUCCAGUAAAAGCAGAUCAUCCUCUGAAGAACCCUGAUUCUCCAGUAAAAGCAGAUGAUGCUCUGAAUCCAUGA